AUGGCCGCCUCAACAUCAAAGCUCACUCCAGAGUCGCAACUGCAGCUCGCUUUUGAUUCAUCGUUGAUACCACAAGCAUCGAAAGACUUGCUACCCUCCGACGUCAUCGUUCGCCCGUUGGCCAGCGACGACUAUAACCGAGGUCACCUGCGGGUGCUCUCAGACCUCACACAGGCGCCGGAUAUUGGCCUCGCGGCGUGGCAGAAGCAGUUCGCGCUUCAGAUGGCUUCCCCCAACACCUACUAUCCGAUCGUAUUCAUCCACACAGCCACAGACCAGAUCGUAGCAUGCGGCACCUUGUUUGUCGAAUUCAAGUUUCUUCGCGGCGGCGGGCUGUGCGGACACAUCGAGGACAUCGUCGUCCACCGCGAUGGCCAGGGCAAAGGCUUGGGCAAGAGGAUCAUCGAGAUCCUCACAGACGUAGGCAAACAGCGGGGCUGCUACAAGGUCAUUCUCGACUGUAGCGAGAAGAACGUCGCAUUUUAUGAAAAGUGCGGGUAUCAUAAGGCGGGCGAACAGAUGGCGGUUUACUUUGUAUGA